GACACUAGACGCUCUUUUCUUUGCUUACAUUAAUUUGAAACAGUAUGCUGCAUCCAGCCGCAGGAAUAAGUGUUGGUGGGCGCGUCAAGCGAUGGUUGGCUAUAAUCGUCGUGGCAGCGCUUGCAUACAAGCUGCUCUCUGUGCUUGUGGCGCUGGUGCAGCCACCAGGGUACCGGCGCCACCCGGUGGCUCACCAAGAAGACAACAGUGAACAGCAUACCAUGGCAGACCUGAGUUGUGCCGCGAAUCCACUAGACUCUGCUGUGUGGAGAUACAGCGGAAACAGCACACCUUUCGCAGUUCCUGCCAAACCCGGUCCGCUCUAUAUCGAAGCAGGGAAUCCCGUGUGCAUUCGCGUAGUGGUGCCGCCAGCUCAGCCAGGCGGCGAUUCCGCCAAGACCAGCAAGCAAAUGACACACCUGUUCCAGCCGUUGGCAGGUAACCCGAUGCACUGGGACUCGAUAAUUCUUGAUGCGGUCGGACAGAAGAGCGGAGUGAGUGUGCCUAUCCACCUGCACCCCGUGCGGCAUCUCUCUAUGAUCGACCGCGGCUUUGUGCACUCUGGUCUGCUUGAGUACCGAGAUGCCAUGUGGAACUACGAGCAUCCGAGCAAGGUGCCGCCCUAUGCACCCGAAGCGAUCAGUGCUGACUUUGAAAUUGCAGUCAGUGUACGGCACUCAAGCCCCUAUCACCUCAAUAACUACGCAAAACUGCCAUUUUGCGAGCAUGCCGAUGUCCACGGCCGCUGGCUACGUGGGUACACAUACAGCGAGUUCCUGCAGUGCCUGGAUGUCAACCGGCCACUGUCACCAGACCGCGGUGAGCCGUACACAAUCCACUGGUUUGGAGACACAAACAGUCGGCGUGCGCUGAAAAAGAUCACAUCUCUGGGAGACUGGUGCAGUGGAAAUGAUCUAGGCUCUGCAAAGUGCCAAUGCGACGACAGCAGCGAGGGAUUCGGGCGAUUCACAGGCCAGAACAAGGUCCGCGAUUCGCUGAUCCACCUGAACGACGAGGAUGGUGGAUGGUCAGUGAGCGAAGAUGGCAAGCACAAGGGCCGAACAGUGACCAGUCCGCUCGCCCGCAUCCACUUCCACAGGUGGGAGGGCCUGACGGCUGUGGGCAAGUUCCAUCGCGCCGACCUGGUAGUGCUGUCGCUGGUCAACAUUGAUGUUUCGUUUGGCACGUUUCUCGAGUAUACGCAUGCGCUUGACGAGCUCGUUCGCCAUCUGAGAAGCCACUACGCGGAAACGGCGAUAGUGCUGCGCACGCCACAGUACUUUUGCUGCCGCGCCCCAUCUGGCGCCCCACUGCGGCGCAUGCAGAAGGACAGAAACAUGCAGUUCUACGACUACACGCACAGGCUGCUGAAGCACAGCUUUGGAAGCCUGCUGCGCGUGUGGGACGCUGGCGGCAUCACCGAGGCCCUGCCUAUGACGAAACGCAAGGCCAUUUCGAGGUGUGGCAUUAACGCAAACCAUCUACUGAUCAAUAGCCUCUGCAACCUGCCGUCUGUCAACAGGGUCGAGUACGCCGAACAUGAGCUAGCAUAG